AUGAAGGGGGAUCACUUUCUCGCAUAUCCUUGGAUCAAAAGUUGCACUUUGAAGCUGCCCGCAACAUUCCUCAGUGCCGUACACGUCAGCUCAGAUUGUGGGAGAACGUUGUUGCGGCGCGAAGAAUGGCGAAACGGGAGCUGGCGAACUUGCGCAUGCACUGUGCCAGGAACCACUCGGCCGCACGGAGGGCUCGAGCCGAACGUGGAUGGGGAAAACGAAGAGUCUGCCCAAGUCAAUGGCGGCUCCCCUCGGAAGGAAGGCGAAGCGGAAGGAGCUGAUGACGGCCCAGUGAGGAACAUCGAGGCCGUGACCGAUGUCAUCAAGGCGGCCAAGGCCGAACAGCGUCUUCAGCAGCUGAAGCGCCUGAAGCGUCUCAAGCGGGGCUCGGCUCCGGAAGUUGUCGACGAGACGGACCUGGACUGCCCCGUCUGCGGCAAGCAGUUCUCCAAGAGGUACUACCUGCAGCGCCACCUUCAAAUGACCGUCUGCUCGGGCAAGCCCCCGCCCUCUCACACCUGCGAAGUGUGUGGAAAGGUCUACUCCCGUAAGGAUAACCUUCGGGAGCACCUGCGCGCGCACGCCGGUGAGGUGACGCGGAGGAAGAAGUACAAGUGCGAUCACUGUGGCAAAACCUUCCACGGCAUCUCGCUCCUGAAGAUCCACAUCCGCGUGCAUACGGGCGAGCGGCCCUUCUCGUGCGACUUCUGCAACAAGGGUUUCCCGUCGGUCACGGCGCUCAACAAACACAGACGCAUCCACACUGGCGAGAAACCGUAUGCAUGCGCCGAGUGUGGCAAGCGGUUUUCACUCAAGGGGACGCUCAACCGGCACACACGCAUCCACACGGGAAUUCGGCCACACAAGUGUCCUUACUGCGGCAAGGAGUUCAUCCAGGGUGGCGGACUCAAGGCACAUCUGUUCCAUCACACAGGCAUGAAUGGCUUCAAGUGCACCGUCUGCGACAAGGUGUUCAACCGCAAGGCUCGGCUAGACUUGCACAUGAAGUACCUGCACCUCAAGGAGAAAUCGUAUGUGUGCGAGGACUGUGGCAAGGGUUUCACACGGCGCGAAGAUUUGAACCGUCACUCAGUGCUGCACACCGGCGAGAAGCCCUUCCAGUGCCCGACGUGCCACAAGCGCUUUGCCAUCAAGCCCUCGCUCAAAAUCCACAUGGUGACCCACACCAAGGAAGAGCCCAGGUCGUGCCACGAGUGCGGCCGUGCCUUCAUCCGUAAGGACUGCCUGAUGCGACACAUGCGCAAGCGCCACCGCGACCUUCUCGACCGCAUCCUGCUCGACGAGGAGGACAACCGCUUUGCUCCGACGCCCGUUGCAACUCCGGGAGGUGCAGCCAACACGGACGGUGCCAACAAGAUCGGCAUCCAGGCGGGCACCGUGGCCCGGAUCUUGUCCGAACAGGCUCUUUGCGAAAGCAUCCGUGAACUUCUGGGCCUACUCGUUGACGAGCCCACGCUGAAGGGUUUUGGUUACCCGGACAAACCGGUAGACGAACUGCUCGAAGCAGUCAUCCGUCGCUGUGGCCACAGCCCGGCCAGUCCCGACGACUACAACUACAUGGACCGGCUGCGCGAGAACUCCAAGCUCCUCUUCACAGUGGUCAUCGAUGACAAUGCCGUCAAGACUCUGCUCAAUAACCAGACUGUCGACGAGGUCAUCCUGCACGUGUUGCGUCUCGCAAAGUCCUAGCUUCUCCUCCCCAUCUCGUUUCGACUAAUCGAUCGAGGGUGCACAGCAGCAAACAAACCGUUCUCUAACUAUUGCAAUAGGAUAAAUGCUCUCGUAGAUUGUGCAGGUUGAGUGGUUUGACUUACGCGUGCUGUCAUGCAGAAGGGACCAUUACGUGCUGGUGCCUUGGAAUCCGCAAUACGGCAGUCAGUUAAGCACUCCCAUUGCGGUGAAAGCCGUUGCAACCUGAGGCAGGUCCCGGCAGUCUCGUUGCACAUCAUUUCAAACCCAUUUCGCCGUUUCGAGGAUUUUCCAAGUGAGAGUGUGCAGUUGUUGGUCAAGUGUCCCAGAUUGUCCCGGCCGUCCCAGUCUGUGCGUAAAAGAUGCACGACUGGUGCCAUUAGUCCUGCUGCAGACCGCACUCGUUCUAGUCGUAAGCACGCCUUGCACUGCAUGUUUACUGGCUCAGUAAGUGGCAGUAAUUUUCAAAGAAAAAGAACAUAAACAGUGCUUGAAAACAGGUUUUUCUGUAAGCAGGGACAACAGUCGUAGACUGCUGGUGCAACUCCGUAAAUGCCCAUAAGAUUAUGAAAUCGUGAGAAGGCUGUCGGCCAGAAAUCUUAGGCUUGUAGCGUCCGCUACAAUGCCGCAGAGCGUGUUUGCUUUCGUGCACCCUCGCUUAAUCUGUGCAUUGCGCACCAUGUAUUCUCCUUCACUCAUUCUUUUUACGACAUUGCACAAUGCCCGUGCUUAGGCGGGCCCGAAAGGAGCAGCGUAACGGAUGGAAAAUGUGUUAGGUUCUGUCUCGAGUCUCGUAGUAGGUGCGCUUGUGUAUUCCGGGGAGAGCAUUGGGUUGGCCGACAUGGUCGUGGGCUCGCACGAUCCACCCAUUCUUUAGCCUAAACCGUACAAAACUUCAUUCUUUCCCAUUUGUUGUGGAAGCGUUAAAUUUAUGCGGCACAUUCCCAAAAGAAACUUGUGGCAGGAGACAUGGAAGCGUCGUGUGGGAAAGCCACCUCAAGUCCGUGUCGGCAUUUUCUGUGCACUUCUGGCGGAGGAGCGCGAGGUUACACUGCGCAUUCUGCGAAUGUUGAGUGUCUGAUGGCAGUGUCAUAGCAGCGCGACUUCUGCGUAGUGUUAAGCUGAGAAGAUCGGCUCGCUUAGUAAAAGGGUUCUUUGUGAAGGUUUGCUGGCAAUGUGGGGAAAGCCCGACUUCAGGGGCAAUGUUGCAUGCCAGCCAAAGUUAUUUCGAGAAGGACAUGAUAGAUGUGCCCACGCUGGUAGGAUUAAGAUGCCCAAACUUGUGUGCCUUACCAUUAUGGUGCUUCAAUAUUUGUCGUGUUUUUUUCAAGAGACACUUCUCUUUAGUUAAUGCAAGGUAGUGAAAGAUGUGAAGUUAAGACGUUCAUUGUGUUUCCAUGUCGUUUGUGGUAAAAGCUUAAUUUUACCAUUCCUUGCUCAAGGCAGGGUGGCGACAGUAAGUAACGAUUGCCUUUCCUUUAAGUUUCGGGAUUAACGGUAUCUUCUUUUGAUUAAAAUAACAAAGGAAUGGCAGUAGGGUCACAGCCAGUAGAAGUUACUACAAAUUUAGUUAACAUUGCUAGAAAUCUGCUAAACGAUUAAUAUUACUUGGCUCAACUGACUAAAGGCAGAUUGCUUACUCCUUGCUGUCAUUCUUGUGUGGGAAAGCAAGUCAGCUAUUGAGCGUUGUGCAAGUACUGUUUUAAUUGGCAUAUAAGCAAACUAACUAUUAGGUACUGUUCAGAAAUUAAUAUUUAAGACAGAAGCAACAAUAGGUUGCUUUAACGUUAAUCAAGUAUUGUACGCAAGGGAAGAAGUUAUUCAAUCAUGAAUGCAGUUGAAGGUAAAAAUUAUCUGUCGAUUUGUAUCUAGAAAUACCCGAUGCCUUCACUGUGUUAUCUUUGAUCUUAUGAUUGCUGCAUCCUUUCGUAAUCUCUGCAUCUCAUGCAGUAUGUUCCAGAUUUAAUAUUAAAAGUGAACUGUGAAGGCUAACCUCUUCAAUUGUAUCUGAAAAAUGUGGCUGGUACGAUGUUAGACAGUCACCUGUGUGUGAAAUUCUAUGUACAGGCCUCCAUGUGGGAUGUUUAUUGCAUAAUUUAGUUCUUAGUUUUGUUCCCCAAGAGUGGCAAUAGUGUAUUAGAAUUUCGCAAAAGAAUGGCGGUCAAACCUUCUUGGCCUGUGUUUGUUGAUGGCAAGUGGAAUUCAAGGUGAAUAAGGGUUUCAAAACAUGCAUAGUUCUAUAGUGUUGAUAUGGCACAUGGUCAUCAUCUUAUCACUCAUAAGUGCCCACUAGUGCUUUGCAGUGCACAUCUGCCAUAGAGAUGAGAUUGCUGUUCAUUAGAAUGAUUUGUUGAGCGUAUUUACUAUAUGAAUAUUGAUUUCAGCACUAGCAGAAGCAAAAUGCGGUUUUCUGCUUUCUACCACUUCAGCACGUGUUUCCAUUGUCAUAUCCACAUUGAUAAUUUUUACUUGUUUUUAGUUUGCCACAUUACUGUCCCGUGUUUUUAUUAGCUACCGCAAGGCGGUCAACAGUACCUUUCAUUUGAUUGAUGUGGUGAACGUGUAGGUAGCUUGCACUUUGUUAUUUACAUCGAUCAUUGCUGAAGAUUUUAUAUGCAUUGUGUUGUUGUCUGGCAGCACAAGAUGCGUAUCGGUAUUUUUCUCAUAAAAAGAAAAGAGUUAUGAAGCGAGCUUUUGCCCAAGUUUUUGUACAGUUACAGCCGAGGUGGUUCCAAGUCGCAUUGUGCAUCAGUCCUGAUAUAACGGAAUAGCGGUGGCUCUGUUCUCCAGCUUCGGCAUUUGUCCAUUGUUGCCACAUGUAGCCUUAUACAAAGCACCACACUAAUACAUUAACAAGUUAGGUCGUGCCUUAUUUUUCUGUCUGCAGCAUGAGGGGAAGCUUCGGCUCGGGUCCAACUGCAAUUUUCCCGUGCAAGAGAAAUUAGGAAAUGGUUUCGUUGGGCGAGAAGUAGAAGAGUUCUACUGAUGGUGACCGAAUAGAGGCAUAAAACUGGGUAAAUUGUAAUUUAUUUUAUUCUAACACCAAGUUCUGACAGCGCUACAGCUCUGCCAACAUAUACCGUUAAAGAAACAGCAAGUUAUUUGGCAUUGUAGUGUGGAUGUGCGUGCAUCUGAGUUGCAUUUCGCUUAAAACUUGCUGCAGCAUGUGGCAAAGUCUGAAAUUCAUGCACGAUCCAUUGCAAGUCGUUAAUGCUCCAGUACGAGCAAGACCGUAAAAAAUCUAUUGUUGCGAGCCUGCGUAAUCGUGGACUCUGCAUUUUGUGUUUUUGUUCGUUGAAUAUUCGAGGGCAUAGUUUGUGUCUCUUCAGUCGCUCGAAAUUAAGCUCUUCGUUCGUACGCAGCUAAGUCUUACUCAUCGCACCAGCUCGAAGUAUGCAUAACUUCUGGGUUUCCCACGUAAUGCCUUAAAGGGAUACUGAACAAAAUUUUCGCCGCCAAGAUAUAUGACUCAAUUGAAGGAUUGGGUGCUGAAAUUUAUUGAAACAACCUUCAUUUCAGCCAGAGACUAGCAGAAAAUAAUGAAUUUAAUGCAUUUUUCGCGAAUUGGCGCGUCUAGCGGCCGCGCCACGAACUAGAGAGGAAGUGACGCGAAACUCCGCGGAUAGUGACUCGCCAACCGUGCUCGCAGCAAAAUCGCUUACCAAUCGACAUCGCAAGCCGCCACCCGCUGCCGCGCGUCUCCCUCAAAACGUGUUUUCACGGUCGGGAAGGUGUUCUCCGUGCGUGUUCUCAACCGGCAGCCAACGACGCCAUUGCCGCGCUCUCGGCCAUAUAUUUGUUUUCUCAAGCGGAGCUUGCGCCCACGUCUACGAAUUUGCCGUCUGUGUUGUGUGCUGCUACGUAAUGUGAACGGUGAAGCACCUGACACAACGCAGAAUGCCUCAACGCUGUUCUGCGCUAGGGUGUGCCCUGUCAUACCUUUCCAACAGAGCCGAAGCUCGAAGGAUAUGGAUUCGCGCUGCGCGCCCAUCGCAGCCAACGUGGGUGCCUUCAAAGCGUGACUUUUUGUGCUCCGAACACUUCGAGGAUAGUGACUAUGAGUUACUGUGUAAAUUGCUGGUCCCGGCUGCCGACCCACGUUGGGCUACGGCGGCUCGUCUGGCUCGUCGUCCUUGCUGUCGCUUGACACAGCAAAACGGUCACACGCAUAUGGUUGUAUUUGGCGCAUCCGUUUUGGAGGCCUGUCGAACUCGGAGUCGCAAUGACCGCUCGUGGAACCACUGUCACUCGCACCUUGCAUCUUUGCGCUCUCGCGACACGCUCGGCAGUUGUAGCGGUUUUUGAGGAAUAAGCGCUAUUUUGUUUCCUAUGUGGGGAAAAGAGGACAAGGCUCAGCGCCACACCAGCCACCCUUGGUUCUUGAGAGGAGAGGUGGAGAAAGGGAAGUGGCAGGGCAGGAGAGAGCGUGCCGGUUGCCCCCCUCUUGCUGGAGCACUCGACGUCACGUCCGCCGACAAGCGCAGUGGCAUGCAGCCGCCGCGCUCUCACAAUCCACUAAAAAUACGGCCAACUGCUCGAAAUUACGUGAAAUAAACGCUGCGUACAGGAACAGUCGUGUCGUCCGAGUCGAAUGUAAGUGUUUUCGUAGCUUUUUCAAAUUUUUGUUCAGUAUCCCUUUAACAAUGAAGCCAGCAGGUUGGUGUGAGCGUGAGGCUUCUUUAAGAAAAAUUGUUACUCCCAGGUAGCUUCGGGUGGUCGGUUGUUGUCUGUUAUUGCACUCGGGCUGGCCAUAAACCACCAAGUGCCGGCAAAAACUACAUUCCGCCAUUUCCCCUUCAGUGCCUUUUGCAUGUUUUAGGCUGUUGUAGCCUUCUGCCCUAUGCCAUCAUUGGAACGGUAAGGUUCUCGGAUGAAUCGUAGAACAAGUGCCUUGCGAAUUGUUUCACGGGGUUCUCUUCUUGCUUGUGCACCUAGCUAUGAUCAUGUCAUAAAAAAAAUUCGAGAAAUUAAUCAUCUUGUUUUCAUGAUUUAAACCUGCACCUUCCUUUUUUAUAUUUCUCUCGUGCUUCUUUGUGAACCAGUUCUCAGAGCGUUACAAGCAGUUCAGAAUUGUGUCCGAGGAGAAAUUAUGUUACGAUGUAAAUAGUUGAUCAGAAACUGUGUCAAGAAGUCAUCGUGUGCCUUAUUACAAGAUACACUGGAUUUUGUGUGCUUGCCUUAAUACAGCUUUCCAAGCAGUAAUGCUUGCACGAGCUCCUCGUUUUUCAUUGUCUCAUUUAGUCCUGUCAUUGUGUGGUGCUUCUCACAUUGCCUUUUUUUUUUUUUCAAGCCUUGUACCAGUGUUACAUGAAUCACGGACAAGAGUAUUCUUUGCUUUUUUUUUUUUUCUUGCACAUCAUUCAUUCUUUGCUGUAUGGAAAUAUAUAUAU